AUGAUGCGAAACGACAUCGUCGAGAGAGGGCUCGAUCAUCAAGGUGCGGGGACGGGAAUGGCGAUGAUGAUGUCAGCCGGCGGCGGAGUGGGACAGAGAAAGGGCGGCAGCGUGGCGGUGCAGCAGGGGUUGAAGAAGGGGCCGUGGACGGCGGCGGAGGACGCGAUUCUGAUGGAGUACGUGAAGAAGCACGGGGAAGGGAACUGGAACUCGGUGCAGAAGAAUUGUGGGCUGCUGCGGUGCGGGAAGAGCUGCCGGCUCCGGUGGGCCAACCACCUGCGGCCCAAUCUGAAGAAAGGAGCGUUCACGCCGGAGGAGGAGCGCCAGUUGCCCGGAAGAACGGACAACGAGAUAAAGAACUACUGGAAUACGAGAAUGAAAAGAAGGCAACGAGCUGGGCUGCCGGUCUACCCUACAGAAUUCCAAGACCAAGCGGCAGCGUUUCAUCACAUCCAACGCCAUGAACAGAACAAUCUUACCGACCACAACAACAACAAAUCGUCGUCUCUCUUCUCCGUAUUUCGCAAGGCACCAGAUUACACCUCAUCAUGCUUCUCCCUCUCCGCCGACGGCCUCCCUGAUUUCUCGCCGACGCCGGCCGCUGGUUGUUUCAAAGGUCACAGUAGUAAUAACACCAACCUCCCUUCCUCCGCCUUCUAUGGCAACAACACUACUCCUCAUCACCACCAGUACCAAUACCUCAACGCCCAAAACGGCGCCGUUUUCGCUCCUCUCUCAUUCUACCCUCUCGUUUCCACAUUCGCCCCUCCGCCGGUCACCGGAGGAGGAGGAGGAGAGAACAUGCCGAGCAACUUCGUGAGUUUCACUUCCUUAAUCAUGGGAGACUACGACGCCGACCAGCAGCUGGAGUCCUUCAGCUUUGCGUCGGCUUCGGAGCUUCCUUCACUCCAAACCCCGCCGCGCUCGGCGUCGUCGAACGCCACCGGAGGCGGCGGAGGAGGGGUUUGCGUGGUGGCUGAGGGAUCUGACAAUGGCAACAGCAAUAGUGACAAUAAUACUGCCGCCGGGGUGACAAAAGGAAAUGACCAAGAUACCCUCACGGUGAUGGAGAACAACAACAGCGGGCUGUUGGACGCGCUGCUGAUGGAGAGCAAGGUUAUAUGUCGGAAGAGGAAGGCGGAUGAGAUGGACAUCGGUGCAAUUAGCUCCACGGCGGCGGAGGAGGAAGGGAACUUCGAUGCUGCCGCCGCUGUUGCUAAACGUAAAUGUACAGCGGCAUCGUUUUGGGGAGCAAGCAAUGGCGAGCAGCAGGCGUCAUGUGAAGGCGGCGGGGAUAAUUUGCUCUUUGCGCACUCUUCAAUCGUAAUGGAGCCGGCGAAGGAGGAGACGGUGACGGCGACGGCGGAGGAGAUGAGUUCAAUGGACGAUGACUUGCUGAGCCUGCUCACCAACUUCCCGUCUUCCAUCCCUCUGCCGGAAUGGUAUCGUGAACACAGUACCAUACAAAAUACAACCACCAACGUCAACAUGAAGGAAAAAGCCACCGCAGUUGGCACGUGCGGCGGUGGAUGUGAAGCCUCGCCUGCUCUUCAGGGGCCAUGA